UUGGUUCUCAUGGGCAUCUAUCCCAUCCAUCACACGAACUUGCUAGCUACUACAAAACUUGCAUACUGAAGAAGAAGAGAGUGUCAACCAUGGCGUCCAAGGGUCUCAUUGUGUUCGCUCUCCUGCUCGCCGCGGCAUUCCUCGUCACCGCUGCUGAACAAACUCCGGCCAAGAAGGAAGAGACCGCGGCCGGUGUUCAGGGCUACGGCGGAGGCGGUGGCGGCUACCACGGCGGAGGCGGCGGUGGCUACCACGGCGGAGGCGGAGGCGGAGGUGGAGGCGGCCACCACGGCUGCGGGUGCUGCGGGCACCAUGGCUGCCACUGCUGCUGAGUGCCAGUAUCAGAUACAUGCAGCUACGAACGUACGUGUGCACAAGAAAUAAUACUGUACGUAGUGCGGCUGCACGAACGUAGUAAGAACUCCGUGUAUGGUCAAUAAAAAGGCAUCGAAGGCGCAUGUAUGUAUGCACGUUUAUCGUGAUCCAAAUCUCAGGGCUCUGUUCCUGCCGAUGUAAUUCACACUGUAAGACUUCCCUUUCUUGCUUAAAACACAUGCAACUCUCAUGAGUGUUUGUAACGCAAAACAAAA